AUGUCUUCAUAUUGCUUCGCAUUUGUAGCGAUUAUUGCUGUAAUCGGUACCAUCGUUGUUGAUGAUGCUUCUGGAACAUUGAUCCCAACAUGUUCCGUCGCUUCACACAGCUGUUCAUCUACAGAUGCACAAACAAUCACGGGCUCAUUCAUUAUGAUCAGUGCAGAUUUUGCAUUACUGACAGCACAAAAGGCUUCUAUUAUAUCGUGUUUUACCAAUCAGUUAAGAUUAUCGUCGUCUUUGAAUAUUAAAGUAACAGUGCAAGUGCAAGCAAUUGAUCGGUUAAGCAAUGGUGACUGCCGAGUAUCAUACAAAUGCUCAGGAGUUGGUCAUCACCCUUCAGCUCUAAGUUGUUUGAAAGCAACACCAAAUUGUGAUGCGUUCAAAACCAUUCUUGGAAAGUGUUUUCGUUCUUCCGGUACGAAAGUUGGUGGUGGUCUUCCAAUUUUAGGUGGCCUCUUGGGAGCCGUUGGUGGUAUAUUGAAGGUAGGUUCGGGUAUAAUAGGUGGUUUACUUGCAGCAGUUACCUCCCAUACAUGCUCAUCAACAGGUACACAAACAAUUGGUGGUACAUUCAUUAUUGUUAAAGUAGAUGUGACAUUAGUGACAGUACAAAAGGCUUCUAUUGCAUCGUGUUUUACCAAACAGUUACGAUUAUCACAUGCUUUGAAUCUUAAAGCAAUAGUAGAGGUGCAAGGAAUCGAACACUUAGCCAAUGGUGACUGUCGAGUAUCAUACAAAUGUUCAGGAGUUGGUCAUCACCCUUCAGCUCUAACUUGUUUGAAAGCAACACCAAAUUGUGAUGAGUUCAAAACCAUCCUUGGAAAAUGUUCACAUUCUUCCGGUACUCAAGUUGGUGGAAACAAUAAUGACGAUGGGCAAUAUGAUGAAAACAAUAAUGGAGAUGUUCAAUAUGAUGGAAACAAUAGUGGAGAUGGCCAAUAUGACGGAAACAAUAAUGGCGAUGGCCAAUAUGAUGGAAGCAAUAAUGGAGAUGUCCGAGGUGAUGAAAGCGUUGAUGUAACAGUUAGCUCCAAUACAUGCUCAUCUACAGAUUCAGAAACAAUCGACGGCUCAUUCGAUAUUUGCAAUGCAGAUUUGGAAUUACUAAAAGUACAAAAGGAUUCUUUUGAAUCGUGUUGUGCCAACCAGUUACGAUCAUCACAUGCUUUGAAUAUUAAAAUAUCAGUGGAGGUGCAAGGAUUCGAACAGUUAGAAAAUGGUGACUGUCGAGUAUCGUACAAAUGCUCAGGAGUUGGUCAUCACCCUUCAGCUCUAAGUUGUUUGAAGACAUGCCCAAAUACGAAUCCAUUCCGAGACAUUCUUGGAAAGUGUUCACUCCUAAAGUGGUGA